AUUCUGGGGCAAGGAGGGCUAGGCAGGGCGGUCCCUGGCCCUGUAUUGUGAGGUUAUAGCACGCCCCCCCCCGGGGUGGGGGAGGGGGCGGAGGCAAGAUGAUGUCAUAGACCUCUGCCCCCCUCAGUCCACCUCGCUCUCUGGGUGCUCACCCCGGCCAGGCCUCAGCCUCUCCUUCCCUCUGUAUGCAACGCACCCCAAGGGGAGGUGAGGCCACCAGGGAGCCUCACCCAGGCCACCUGCAGCCAUGGAUGAAGAUUAUCCCAUGCACCCCCGGGAGCCUGAGUCUUCCCUGGAGGCCCCCAGGCCGGUCGCAGAGACCAGCUCGGACUCCCCUGGCAUGGUGGGCGACCGGCUGCCCCCGAGAACGGGCGCCGUGGUGAUCGACAUGGGCACGGGCACCUGCAAAGUGGGCUUCGCCGGGCAGGCUCGGCCCACCUACACCGUGGCCACCCUCAUGGGCUGCCAACCCAAGAAGCAGGCCACCGAGGGGCAGCCCGAAAUGGAGACGUUCAUCGGCGAGGCGGCACGCGCGCACCCGGAGCUGGCGCUGGUGCAGCCGCUGCGCCACGGCAUCGUGGUGGACUGGGAGGCUGCCGAGCUUAUCUGGCGCCACCUGCUGGAGCACGACCUCAAGGUGGCCGCCCAGGACCACCCGCUGCUCUUCUCGGACCCGCCCUUCAGCCCCGCCACCAACCGCGAGAAGCUGGUGGAGGUGGCCUUCGAGUCGCUGUGCGCGCCUGCCAUGUACGUAGCCUCGCAGUCUGUGCUGUCCGCCUAUGCCCACGGCAGGGUCAGCGGGCUGGUGGUGGACACCGGCCACGGCGUCACCUACACCGUGCCCGUCUUCCAGGGCUACAACCUGCCACACGCCACGGAGCGCCUGGACCUGGCAGGCAACCACCUGACCGCCUUCCUGGCCGAGGUGCUGCUGGGCUCUGGCUUCCCUCUGGGGCAGCACGACCUGGACACCGUGGAGAGCAUCAAGCACCGCUACUGUUACGUGGCCGCGGACUUCCAGAAGGAGCAGGCGCGCUCAGAGCAGGAGUGCAGGCAGACGCUGAAGCUGCCCGACGGGCGGACGGUCACGCUGGGCAAGGAGCUGUUCCAGUGCCCGGAGCUGCUGUUCCACCCUCCCGAGAUCCCGGGGCUGUCGCCCGUGGGCCUCCCCACCAUGGCAGAGCACAGCCUCCGCAAGGUGUCGCUGGAGGUGCGCUCGGACGUGGCGCACAACGUGCUGCUGUGUGGCGGCUCCUCCCUCUUCCCCGGCUUCGAGGGCCGCUUCCGCGCCGAGCUGCUGCGCUCCCUGCCGCCCGAGGCCCACGUGGUGGUGGCGGCACAGCCCACCCGGCACUUCUCCGUGUGGAUCGGGGGCUCCAUCCUGGCCUCGCUGCGCGCCUUCCAGUCCUGCUGGGUCCUGCGGGAGCAGUACGAGGAGCAGGGCCCGCACAUCGUGUACCGCAAGUGCUACUGAGUGGGGCGGGGAGGGGAGGCCAUCCGCCUAACAUAAAGCUCCUGCUGCCAGCCGGCUCGGUUCUGUGCGCCCCGCUGUGGGACCCUGCCCUGCCCUGCCCUGCAUUUCCUUGGAGACACCCCGGUCCUGAUCUCACCUCCCCCACGACCAACCCUGAGGACGCCUCUGUUAGCUUAGUAGUAGUAGUAGUAGUAGUAGUAGUAGUAGUAGUAGUAGUAGUAGUAGUUAUGUUAUUCGAGAGGCAGAGAGAAAGAGACAGGCAGAUCUUGCAUCCACUGGUUCACUCCCCACGAAUGCCCACGGCAGCUGGGACGGAACCACUCAUAUUGGGAGCCGGGCGCUCCAUCCGGAUUUCCCCUGGGUGUGGCACAGCCCCAAGUACUUGAGCCACCACCUGCUGACACCUAGGGUGCACCUUAGUGAGUUCACUAAGGAGCAGAGCCAGGAAUCAAACCUGGGCUCCAAACAGCCUCCUAACAGCCAAACACCUGUGCUUUAAAAAAAAAAAAAAAUCAUCUCUCUUGCUCUCGCUCUUGCUCUCUCUGCCUUCCUAACCUCAUCCCUUUUUUUUUUUUUUUUUAAGAUUUUAUUUGGAAGUCAGUUACAGAGAGGAAAGAGACACAGAGAUCUUCCAUCCACUGGUUCACUCCCGAAGUAGCUGCAAUGGCCAGGGCUGGCCCAAGCCAAAGCCAGGAACCAGAAGCUUCUUCCAGGUCUCCCACAUGGGUGCAGGGACCCAAGCACUUCAGUCAUCUUCCAUUGCUUUCCCAGGCCACUAGCAGGGAGCUGGGUCCAAAGAGGAACAGCCAGGUCUCAUAUGGGUGCCCAUAUAGGAUGCCAGCACUGCAGGUGGCAAUUUAACCUACUGAGCCGCAGCACAGGCCCCAGCCAACAUCAGUCUUAUGCAAAAAUUUUCCAGAGUGGACAACUUAAUUUUUUGUGGCAGCCUGAACCGUUCAAUAAACAAGAACUCCCAGAAGGUUCUAGGGCGGUGUGUGAGUGUUUUGGAAACUAUAUGAAUACUUGACGGAGACUAUAAGGAAAAAGAUUUAUUUUGGCUCUUGGUUUUGGGAGUUCACAAACAGACCCCAUUGAUUCAGCCUCUGGUGAGGGCAUUUUUUUUCCAAGAUUUAUUUAUUUACUUGAAAGGCAGAGUGACAGUGAGAGAAGGAAAGAUAGAGAUCAUCCAUCCACAGCAGCCAAGGCUGAGCCAAGCUGAAGCCAAGACCUCUAUCCAGGUCCCCAGUGUCGGUGGCAGGAAUCCAAGCACUUGGGCCAUCUUCUGCUGCUUUCCCAGGUGCAUUAGCAGGGAGCUGGAUCGGAAGCAGAGCAGCCAGAAUUCAAACAGGUGCCCAUAUGGGAUGCCAGCAUCACACACUGGCCCCCAUGAGGGCGUUCACGCAGGCAGUCCCAGCAUGACAAGGAGAAAACCACACAGCAAGUCACAGGUAAGCGGUGCAUCCGUGUCUGUCCCUGGCUCCUCGUGGAGUCACCAGGGCAGCAGGUGUUUGGACCGGCAAUCAGGUCCUGCAUCCCAUGCCAGAUUGCCUCAGGUUCCAUUCCCAAUUGCAGCUUCUUGCUCGCACACACCCUAGGAGCAGCAGGCAGUGGCAGCUCGGGUCGCUGCCACCCAGGUGGGAGACUGGAGUUCCCAGUUACUCACUUUGACCUGGCCCAGUCCUGGCUGUUGUCAGCAUUUAUGGAGUGAACGGGUGGACAAUGGCUUUUCUCUCUCUCUCUCUCUCUCUCUUUCUCCCUCUCCCUCCCUCCCUCCCUCCAGGAUUCAACUAUUGUUAGGUCUGCAAUAGCUUGGCGUUCUGGUCUCUCAUACCCCCAAAAAGGAGAGACAGAAAAAGAGACAGAGACCGACCUCAACAGAAACAGGUUGCUUUAUUGGAAGCAAAGAGGUUCACACACGGGAUGCAUUUGACCUCAGGUUUUAUCCAUUUAAGAGGAAAUUCGCCACGGGGCUGGGGAGGGGAGUAUAGAAGGCAGCUGGGGAGCUCUUUGAAGUCUCAGGGGAUUCCCCUCUUACCUGUUUCAUAGCUGCUGCCCUGUGUAACUUAUCUGUUUUGCCAUUUGCACUGCAAGGAGUUGAGGAAGGAUCUCAACAAAAGGGAGGAUGUAGGGACAAAGGAGAGGAUGUGGGGCAAGGAGAGGGAAGGAGGAAGAACAGGAGGAGGAGAAAAGUGCCACAAGUCCUUUAUUUUUUUUUUACAUAGAUAGAUUUAUAAAACCCACCCCUCACUCCUAAGAUGGAAGGAGCUGGGGAAAGUAGAAGAAGUGGGAAAAAAGGGCCCAGAAAAAGUGGAGGGAAUGGAGAGGCAUGGCUCCAAAGGAGGGAGAGGGUCUCUUUCCUCAAGUUAAGGUGGGGCACAGGAGCUCCGUUGACAGUCAUCUUGCGCCCCCUGCUGGUGGAGGAUGGGGCCUGCAGGCAGUUCUAGGUGCCCUCGUUGGCAGCUGCGACGGCCCCACCGGCAGCCGAUGGGGGAGUAGGGGAGGUGGAGUGGGUGGCCGGGGGGGGGUGGUCAUGGGCACUGGGAGAGCCAUGGGAGGGAGUGGCUGGGCUGGGCAGGGCGGAGGAGGUGGCUGGCAGGGUGGCAGGGCUGGGAGCCUUGUCGCUGAUUGACUCACGCUGGUAUUGGUGCCCUCGGAGGGCGUGGGUGAGCCACUUGCAGGCCGGCUGGACAAGGUAGUUGAAGGGCAGUGGGCCGUUCCUCCGCUACGGGUAGAUGUAGGCGAUAUCCAUGAGAGUGUAGUAUUCCUUCCGUGGCUCCACCUCCACCUUGUACUUGCUCGGCACAUCCAUCCUGUUGCUGAACUUGGCGAGUUGCAUGAGGGUCAUGGCCGCUGGACACCGCAGGAAGCACAUCCCCGUCUUCUCCUUGUCCCCAUCUCCGUUUUCCACGGGGCCCUUCUUCUCCUCUCAGCCCCUGCCCCCCACUUCGUAGAACUCGACGGAGCACCUUUCUCCCGCUCCAGGACCUCGCCGCGGUCCUCAUGGGACUGCGACAGCGGGGAGCUCAGGGGAGGACGGCCAAAGAUGCCGGAAGGACCCGUCAAGGACCAGGGAGUCGUGUGGUUCAGAGAGGUGAGCCCGGCCAUCCGCGUGGAGGCGGCAACGGUGCACAAGUCCUUUAAUUAAUUAUUCCACCCUAAGGACCUAAUCCAUCCUACUCACGUCCCAGAGGCCGCCACAUGUAAGCCCCACAGCUGGGCUUAAAUCUACGCUGUCUUAAGAAUCAUCAGCCUAGAACUUUGGGGUCUAAACUCCUGAAUGAUUGCCCCAAUCAUGUUCGUGCCACGGAGACAUUUCUCCUGCUUUCCCACCAGGGGGCAGUACUUCCACACUCAAGAGUCUAAAGCUGCAAAGUCUUUGGAUCCAGGACUGAAGCAAGCAAGGCACCCAAAACUCAAGCGAGACACACACACACGCACACACACACACACACAGUGCCAGCCCCAUGCACAGGGCAGGCUGAGUCUCAGAUGCUAUAGGAAGUGAGGGAGUGUAGAAACCCCCACUGCCCCAGGCUGCCAGGAAACCCAAAGGACCCUCAUUUAUUUUUUUUAAAGAUUUUGUUUUAAAGGCAGAGAGAGAUCUCCCACCUGCUGGUUCACUUGCCAAAUGCCUAGAACAGCCAGGGGUGGGUCAGGCCAAAGCCAGGAGCCAGGAACUCAAGCCAGGUUUCCCAUACGGAUGGCAAGGAGCCAAUGACCUGUGCUAUCACGUGCUGCCCUCUAGGUGUGCAUUAGCAGGGAGCUGGAAUGAUAAGCCAAGCUGGGACUUGAACCCAGGCACCAGAUACGGGAUACAAGCCUCCCAAACAAGCAGCUUUGGCGCUGUGCCAAACACCUGCCCCGGGACACUCAUUGAGACCAGACUCGCUGGGGCAGAAAUUUCCUGUACCACCAACUGAUCACGCACCCUUCCCACUGACACACUCCCAGUGCUGGGGAGCUCACUACCUCAAGAGUGUCAGAAAUCUCACCAUCUUGGGCCAGUGCUAUAGCACGGUAGGUUGAGCCUAUGCCUGCAACAUCAGCAUCCCAUAUGAGCACUGAUUUGAGUCCCGGCUGCUCCACUUCUAAUCCAGCUCCCUGCUAAUGUGCCUGGGCAAGCAGUGGAAGACGGCCCAAGUGCUUGGGUCCCUGCACCCACAGGGGAGACCCAAAAGAAUCUCCUGGCCCCUGGCUUCUGGCUCCUGGCUCUGGAUCAGCCCAGUUCACGCUGUUGCAGCCAUUUGGGAAGUGAACUAGCAGGUGGAAGAUCUCUGUGUCUCCUCCUCUCUCUGUGUAACUCUGACUUUCAAAUACAUAAUCUUUUUAAAAAAAAAAAUUAAAACUAAAAAGAGAUCUCACUCCUUCUAUGAGUCAUAUAUGGAAGCCUCCCCACCCCCGCCCACUAACCCCAAGCACUAAGAACCUUAAAGUCUGCACUCCCAGGCGCAUACCCCCACCCCACCCCACCCCCACCAGGAAUCUUCCCCAAGGCCAGCAGUCCUCAUUUCUUCCAUUUCUGGUUUAGUUCAUUCACAUGCUCAACGCUGUGUGUGCUCAGCCCUGUGCCAAAAUCUAAGCACACCACACUGAACAAGAGAUGGGAGUCUCAGCCUGCCAGACCCUCCUCGAAGGGCCUGAUCAGACCUAGAAGGUCUGUCACCCCCCCUACACUUCCCUGUGACCAGAACCUGCUGUGCCCACUGAUCCACAACAGCUUCCCUUCUGAGCACCCAGAGGGAGCUCCAGACUCCUGGUUUCAGCCCGGCCCGACCAUGGUCAUUGCAGACAUUUGGGGAAUGAACCAGUGGGGAGAUUCUCUCUCUCUCUCUCUCUCUCUCUCUCUCUCUCCCCCCCCCCCCAACUCUGCCUUUCAAAUAAGUAAAUCUUUUUUAGUUAAAUGAAUCAAGCAACCAAGCCAGGAGCCCAGAACUCCUUCCAGGUCUCCCACAUGAGUGACAGGGACCUAACCGCUUGAACCAUCUGCGGCUGCUUCCCAGGGCGCAUCUUAGCAGGCAGGGGAAUCAGGAGAACUGGGCACUCCAAUGUGGGGUGCAGGCACCCCAAGUGUCAUCUUAACUGCUGCAUCAGAUGCCAGUCCCCUCAUAUUUCAGUGUUUAUAACUUCAUAUCCUACUCAAUUAUAAGACAUUGGGGCAGUGGGGGGGACCAGUACUGUGGCAUACAGGUAAAGCCACCGCCUGCAGUGCCGACAUCCCAUAUGGAUGCCAGUUCAUGUCCCGGCUGUUCCGCUUCCGAUCCAGCUCCCUGCCUAAUGCACCUUUCAUAACUUGAAAGGGUAAUGUCUGUCAUAUGUAAAGAGCUCUUGGAAAGAAUCAACAGUCUAUGGCAAUCUAUGGAAAAGUCAGCAAAGAUAUGAAUCUUGGGCUCACAGAGAGAGAGACACACAUAGUUCUUAGGCACAGGGGAAGGUGCUGAAUUUCAGAAGGGAAGUGAACAUGACAACUGCACCGCGAUAUCAUUUUUCACCCACCACGUUGGCAAAGAUCAAAGAGUUUGAUAACGCCCACUGGUGAUGAGGCUGUGGGAACGUUGGCACCGGGUACCUGAUGUUGAGGGAGGAAAUCGUACAGCCCCCAUAGCAGGACAUGGGGCCACUGCCUGUUUAAAUGACAAAUGCACUCACCUUCUGGCUUAGCUCUGGCACUUCCCAGAAUGUGACCCUCAGAUACCAUCAGCCCACGGGCGAAAUGACGCGAGCGCACUUUCGGGCGGCAAGUCAUCGGAAACAAGCUACCAUCACCAGCCACAUGAACUGGCAAAAUCAUUCGCACCCAGGGCUGGCACCAUGGCACAGCAGAUGAAGCCACUGCCCACAGUGCCAACAUCCCAUAGGAGCGCAGGUUCAAGUCCCGGCUGCUCCACCAAUGAACCAGCUCCUUGCUAACAUGCCUGGGAAAGCAGCAGAAGAUGUCCCAAGUCCUUUAGUCCCUGCCACAUACAUGGGAGACCCUGAUGGAGCUCCCCACUCCUGGUUUUAGCCAGCCAUUGUGGCCUUUUGGGGAGUGAACCAGUGGUGGAAGGCUUCUCUGUCUCUCCUCCCUAUACCGCUGCCUUUCAAGUAAAUAAAUAAAUCUUUAAAAACAACAAGACUGUUCUCUAAUGUCUGAAAUAAAAUUUUUUAAAAAUUGCUUGCAGGAUAGACACUUGGCCUGGAGGUUAGGUUGCCUGCAUCCUAUAUCUGAAUGAGAUUUGAUUCCUGGUUUUGCUCCUGAGCCUUCUGUUGGUGUAGCCCCUAGGAGAGACAGAGGAGAGAGAGAGAGAGAGAGAGAGAGAGAGAGAGAGAGAGAUCUAUCUGCUGAUUCACACACACACACACACCCAGUGCACACAACAGCCAAGUCUGGGCCAAGCUGAAGCCAGGAGCCCAGAAUUCCAUCCAGGUCUCCCACAUAAGAGGCAGAUACCCAGGUACUUUUGCCAUCACCAGCUGCCUUCCAGGGUGCACGUCAGCAGGAAGCUGGAUCAGAAGUGGAGUACCAGGGGCCAGCACUGUGGUGUUAGUAGGCCAAUAAGCCUCUGCCUGCAGUGUCGGCAUCCAUAUGGGUGCCAAUUCAUGUUCCAGCUGCUCCUCUUCCAAUUGAGCUUUCUGCUUAUGGCCUGGGACAGCAGUGGAAGAUGGCCCGAGGGCUUUGGCCUCUGCACCCGUGUGGGAGAGACCUAGAAGUAGCUCCUGGCUCCUGGCUUUGGAUCAGCUCAGCUCCAGCCAUUGAAGCCAUUUGGGGAGUGAACCAGUGGAUGAAAACUUUCUCUUUCUCUCUCCCCUUCUCUCCCUCCUCCCCCUCCCCCUCUCCCCCUCUCUCUGUAGCUCUGCCUCUCAAAUAAAUAAAUAAAAUCUUUUAAAAAAUAAAAUAAAAAAGAGAUGGAGUACCAGGAAUUGAACCAAGCACGCUGGCAUGGAGUAUGGGUGUCCCAAGUGACAUCCUAACCACUGCACUAAGUGCCUGCCCUCCGGAGCAUGUUUUCACCUGUACCUUCCUCCCAUCCACCCCAGUCCUGUGUGGCCCUCCUCUCAGGUGUCAUCAGCAGGAGCCACCUUACUCCAGCUCCUCCUGUCUUUGUGAGCCAACCAUGCUGCCUUGUAGGCUAUUCCCGGCCACUUCGCCACCGGCUUCCCUCCCACCUCAACUGACCCUGUACCCUGCCCACUUCCUUCUAUGUGUACCUGACCUUCCCCUCCCUCCCCUGCUUGUCAAAAAUGAGGACGUAACAGAAAGCAGCUUGAUAAAGAAGAAAAGCAAUACCUCUGCGUUUCCCACCCUGAUUCCACCUCUUGGAGCAGCUUUGCCUGCCUUGCUCCUCCCAGCUCAGAACAGCUCAGAAGCAAGAAUGGGACGGGCACCAUGGCUCUGAGGACGGGGCGGGGGGACACAACCACUGGCGGGGCAGUGAGUCACAACGGCAGCGUGGUCAGUCGCCACCCACCCCGACCCCCCGCCUGUACAUGUGUGGUGAGUGUAUUUAUUUUCACUCAGCCUCACACACCACAGGAUGGAAGUGGGGAGAUGGUUACAGCAGAAACAUGCUCAGAAACUGCCCCCCACAGCCCCCUCUUGCUGGGAGAGGAAGCCAAAGCCUUCACCUCGACCCACAAGGCCUGGCACACCUGGCCAGCCUCACCCCUCCAUCUCUCUCAACACCUCCCUCACUCUACACCAUCCACACACACUCAGGCAUGGUCCUGCCACAGGACCUCGGCACAAGCUGUUCUCUACACCUACUGCUCUUCCCUAGGGACACACACGACCGCCUCUCUCACCUCCACAAGUCUCCUCAAAUGUCAUCUGUUCAGCAAAGCCCCUCUGGAUCUCCCCACUGCAGUGAUGAUGACCCGCUCACUCCUUCCUCUCCCAAGCCCCCGCCUCUUUUUCCUCCAUGACACUUGCUGGUGGUUCCCCUACACAUUUUUCCUUUUUGAGAAAAAAAAAGCUUUAUUUUUUAAAGAUUUAUUUUAUUUAUUUGAAAGAGUUACAGAGAGAGUUAGAGACAGAAAGAGAGGUCUUCCAACCACUGGUUCACUCCCCGAUUGGCCACAACAGCCAGAGUUGCUCCGAUCCAAAGCCAGGAGCCAGGGGCCUCUUCCAGGUCUCCCACGUGGGUACAGGGGCCCAAGGACUUGGGCCAUCUUCUACUGCUUUACUGGGCCAUAGCAGAGAGCUGAAUCAGAAGUGGAGCAGCCAGGACUAGAACCAGCGCCCAUAUGGGAUGCUGGUGCUUCAGGCCAUGGCUUUAACCCACUACACCACAGCGCCAGCCCCAAAGCUUUAUUUGAUAUUUGAAAGGUAGAAUGACAGAGAGGGGGAGAGGCAGAGAGAGAGAAAGAGAGAGAUCUUCCAUCCACUAGUUCACUCCCCUAAGUCGCUACAACGGCCAGAGCUGGACCAGGCUGAAACCGGGGGCCUGGAGCUCCCUCUGGGUCUCCCAGGCAGGUGGCAGGGGCCGAAGCACUCUGACCAUCUUCCGCUGACUUCCCAGGAGCAUCAGAAGGACUCAAGGCAGAGCAGCUGGGGCUUGAAGCCAGUACUCUGAUACAGGAUGCCAGCAUUGCAAGCAGCAGUCAUAGUGCUGCACCACCAUGCCGGCCCUACAUUUUUCUUAUUUAGUUUUAAUCUGUCACCCCCACCACAGAGGCAGGAACCACAUCUAUUUUUUUUCUUUUCUCUCUCCCCAGACCAAUGACUGCCUCUAAGAUCUUGAGACACAGGAGGAUUGUUAAAGAUGAACCACAAGAGAAAAAAAAAUUUGAUAAAUUUGACUGCCUCUGAUUCUUGAACUGUUGCACAGCAAAACAUGCCCCGAACAAAAUGAAAAGGCAGAUCAGACAAGAAAGUUUAUAUUUUACAAUAAAUAUUAGCUAAAUGAGUAAAGAACAGAAGCUGAAUAAAUGAGUAUAAGUAUUUUGAUUGAGCAGAGUUUAGCCCUUGGUGGACAAAGCAAAAAGGGAAGCAGGAUUAGUUACAUUCUCCGUGAGGAUAAAACAGCCCAGUGCCCAGUGCCGGCGCAGCGGUGCAGCAGGUAAAGCCACCACCUGCAGUGCCGGCAUCCCAUAUGGGCUCUGGUUUGAGACCCAACUGCUCCGCUUCUGAUCCAGCUCUCUGCUAUGGCCUGGGAAAGCAAUAGAAGAUGGCCCAAGUCCUUGGGCCCCUGCACCCACGUGGGAGACCCGGAGGAAGCUCCUGGCUCCUGGCUUCAGAUCAGCACAGCUCCAGCCGUUGCAGCCAUUUGGGGAGUGAACCAGCAAAUGGACGAUCUCUCUCUCUCUUUCUGCCUCAGCCUCUCUGUAACUCUGCCUUUAAAAUAAAUAAAUAAUAAAUGUUAAAAAAAAAAAAACAGGCCGGCGCCACGGCUUAAUAGGCUAAUCCUCUGCCUGCGGCACUGGCACCCCAGAUUCUAGUCCCAGUCGGUGUGCCGGAUUCUGUCCUGGUUGUUCCUCUUCCAGUCCAGCUCUCUGCUGUGGCCUGGGAGGGCAGUGGAGGAUGGCCCAAGUGCUUGGGCCCUGCACCCACAUGGGAGACCAGGGGGAGGCACCUGGCUCCUGGCUUCAGAUCAGCGCGGUGCACCAACUGCAGCAUGCCGGCCGCAGCGGCCAUUGGAGGGUGAACCAACGGUAACGGAAGACCUUUCUCUCUGUCUCUCUCUCACUGUCCACUCUGCCUGUCAAAAAAAAAAAAAAAAAGCCAGCCCAGUUGCCAGGGCAGGCCAUGGAUCAAGGCAUUUACCUGCUUCUUCUCAUUCAGUCUUCACCAGAGGCUUCUGUCCAUUUGCAGAUAAUCAUUUACAGUCAGGGAGGGACAGUGACAUCAGUGAGGCCCCUCAGCCAGGACUGGGAAAUUGAUCCUGCCCAGCUCCCAGACCAUUCUGCUAGCCACCGAGCCAGCUUGUCCUGAGCUGGUCUGAUUAUAAGGCUCACUGGGGUGGGCAUUUGGCAUUGUGGUUAGGAUGCCCACUUCCCACAUCACAGGGCCUGGAUUCAGGGCUCUGCUCCUGAUUCCCGCUUCCUGCUACUGUGCCCCUUGGGAAGCAUCUCUGAAGGCCCAGUGGCUGAGUUCCCACCUCCCAUCUGCGAGGCCUGAACUGAGUUCCUGCCUCCUAGCUUUGGCCUGGCUCAGCCCUGGCGGUUGUAGACAUUUUGAAGAGUGAAGCACUGGAUAAGAGUUAGUGCUUGUUAGCCCUCUCCCCCUCCCCCUCCCUCUACCUUCCCUCUCCCUCCCCCCCUCAAAAUAAAUGAAAUGUUUUAAUCACCUAGGUGUCAGUGAAAAUGCAGAUUCCCAGGCCUAGGCCCUGGAAAGUCAGAUUCAAUGUCUAUAAUGAAGCUAGCACCCCUAGGUGAUUCUGUGGUCCAGGGAGUUUCACGUAGCAGAUGAAAGAGAGAAACACAUGAGCCAAAUAUCUCAGUGUAAGAAGCAAAACUUUAUAACAUUUAGAAAAGCAUUUGGGAGACAGUGACUUUGAGAAACAACAGGAUUCCUUAAAAAAAAAAAAAACUAUACAAACCACAGAAGAUUUGUACAUUGGCCACAUCAAUUUUCAAACUGCUGGACAGCAAAAGAUACCAUAAAUAAAGGGAAAAGACAAAUCAGAUGAGAAGGUGACGUUCCUAUGGAAUGAAGGGUGUGAGAAUGUGGGUCCGCGAUGUAUAGAGAGCGCUGAGACAUCGAUAAGAAAAAAGUAAAAAACCUGAGGGAGCAGGCAAUUCAUAGAACUGGUUAAUAGAUCUUGGGAAAGGUAGUCAACACAGGACUGUAGAUUCAAAUCAUGUACACCCCCUUGACUGACAAAAGACAAAAAAGCCCUUCCAAACCAAGGAUGAGUACGGCAAACACAAAUGUCCUCUCAUGUGGGGGAGCAUACAUUGUUUUGUGUGUGUGUGUGUGUGUGUGUGUGUGU